GGGCCCGGGGUCGUAACUGUAUAGGAGAGAGGUAUUUGAUUCUCCCUUGCACACUCUCCCUCUAUCUCUCUCUUGCUCCGUGCCCAAAAGGCUCCCCGAGCGCAUGUCUGCCCAGCAUUGAACAAGACUCAGGAUUUCACUCAGUUUUCGGGGUGUGCGUGUGUGUUGACUGGGGAAAAAUUCGCCUGUUCUUCCUUUUCAAGUAUUCUUCCGACACUUUUUUCCUCAAUAUGCUCGUUUAAAAGACGUAAAUAUAUUGUAAUGUUUUUUUAAAUUGACUUACCAAUUCCCCCCAAAUUUUACUGGCGUCUGAUUUAUAAAUAAAAAAAGAUGGCCAGACAGCGAAGGCUGACUUUCACCAUAUAUUGGGGUAUUAGCAUCAUCUUGUAUGCGUUUGUACAGUCUUCCUCAGAACAAACCACAAAAAUACCAAGUACAACAACACCAAGUGCAUCAAUACCAAGCACAUCAAUACCAAGUACAAUGCCAAGGUCCACAGUUUUAACACCAACGAUGACUUCAAGGGAAGAAGAGAAAUUUACGACAGCGAUGACGCCUAAUGAACAGCAUUUUGUCCCUUUAAAUGAAGGGGAGAGGAAUUGUACACCACCUGCGAUAGAACAAUUUCCUAGGCCUCUGAUCAGCCCUUCGAGUCGGAAGCACGGAGCUAUCAUCAUACACGUCCUAGUUUGCAUUUAUUCUUUCAUAGGUUUAGCUAUUGUCUGUGAUGAUUAUUUUGUCACUUCUCUUGACAGGAUAUGCGAAGUACUCAAAUUGUCACCGGAUGUGGCAGGUGCCACAUUUAUGGCUGCAGGUAGCUCAGCUCCUGAACUUGCUACUGUCGUUAUAGCUGUUUUCUUUGCUAAAGAUGACAUUGGAGUGUCUGGAGUGAUCGGUUCGGCUGUAUUCAAUAUUAUGUUUGUCAUUGGUAUCUGUGCAUUAUUCGGUGGCACUGUGUCCUAUCUUAAUUGGUGGCCCUUAUGCCGAGAUUCGUUUUUCUACUUGCUUUCCAUAUUAGUAAUGCUCAUUGUUAUAUUUGACGACCUAAUCACUUGGGGUGAAAGCUUUUUCAUGUUACUGAUGUAUAUUGCAUACUGUACUGUACUCGCUUUCAAUAAGCCUCUUGAGAAAUGGGCACAGACUCUACCCGUUCCGUGCAAAAACAUCCAUCACGAGACAUUGGGAGGUAAUUACCAGCAGCCGCAACAGCCUGUACAACAAGGGCUAAAUGAACAACAGCAGCUCGUCUCUUACAAGACAUUAGAUGACAAAGAAGGAUACUCUACUACGAGGCAAGAUGGUGGAUUUUCAAAUGUGGCAAACGGUGAGAGUGGAGUGGUACAGAUGCAUGAUGUUGGACCGUCGCAUAUGAAUGGGCAGAACAAACCGGAAUACUACAGAGCAAAGGAACCAACCACAACUCAGGUCUCUCCUCUUCUGAAACCUGAAACCGAUGACAGAAUGACUCUGAUUCAGUGGCAUCUUUGUUACCCCAUUCACUAUACCGCACAGGCAACGAUGCCAGAUUGCCGCCUUGAAAAGUACGCCAACUGGUAUCCAUUUACAUUUUUAGUUUCGAUGAUAUGGAUAUCGUUCUACUCUUACAUCAUGGUCUGGAUGAUAACGAUAAUCGGAAGUACUCUUGGAAUCCCUGAUACAGUAAUGGGUCUUACAUUUGUCGCUGCGGGAGUCAGUGUUCCUGAUGCGCUUUCAAGUCUUGCGGUUGUAAAAGAAGGCUAUGGGGAUAUGGCUGUUUCAAAUGCCGUAGGAAGCAACGUCUUUGAUAUUCUAAUCUGCCUAGGUCUUCCAUGGUUUAUAAAAACAGCAAUUAUCAAACCUGGAAGCUAUGUUAAAGUAUUCAGCAAAGGUUUGACGUAUUCAACAUUAACUUUGUUAUCAACAGUGGUAUUUCUGGUUGGAAUUACACAUUUGAACGGUUGGAAAAUGGACAAGAGAUAUGGCAUAACGUUGAUAUUAUGGUAUAUAUUUUUCAUCUGUUUUGCUUCGCUGUAUGAGCUCAACGUAUUUGGGAACAUGAACCCUCCUGAAUGUUCAACUGACUAUUAAAAUUGUUUUUCUUUGUCUCUUUUUCUUCCUAUUGUUAUAAGCGUAUUCAUCUAGCAAUGUGUUGAGAAUGCGCCUCGAUAUCAACAUUAUCAAUGUAUUUUAUUUUCUGCAAAAGAAUACCUUUAAAUGUUAAAACUGUAUUUUAUAUAGUACCCUUUUUUUAUCAUAAGGAUAGAAUGGCUGUUUACACAAUCUUCCCAGUAAUAAAGAGCAUACUUUUACUUACCCAGCACAUUUUCAGUUAAUAAAAUAUUAAUGUGCCCAUAUUUGUUACAUAAUUAAUAUAGUGAUUUGAUGCUUAUUACCACUAUUUCAUAAUAGUUAUGAUAAAAACAGUGAUACAAUUUAUUCCAUCAUUCAUUAGAAGAAUUGACUACCAUUCUGACAUACCAAUAAAAAAGCCUUAAAAACACAAAUAUUUUACAUUGUUUUGUUAAAAUAAAGCAAAUAACUUGUUUUUAUAAAUAAACUAACUACACGUUAAAUCAAUUAGUGAGAAAGCUUAGCAUAUCUUAGAAAAAAGUUAAAUAAAACAAAAAAUAAUAAGGUUUUUAAAUAUAAAAAAUGUGUACAUAUUCCUAGAGGUUUAGUGCUUAUAUAAUAAAAGUAAAAAGUGUAAAAAAACUUGGAUUAUUAGUGAACGAAAGGGGAAGUAAACAAUAUUGAAACUAUAAUUAAGAAACAAGUGACAAUAAGUUAAAAGCCUUAAAAUUUAGAAUGUAACUAGUUAUAAAGUGCGAACACUUUGUUAUAAGAGGGGAAUGUAUAAAAUGUGGUUGUGAGAUAGUAAAUACCACGUUUAGAAUAGUAUUUUUUUUUAUCAGUCCUUCUAAUAUUUUUUAAUUUUCAGAUUUUAAGAAUACAAUUUUAUUACUUAUUAAAUAAAGAUGUGAAAAAAUAAGAGAAACAUAGUUUGAAUGUUAGGUUUUUCUCUGUUUCAUUUUUGAACAUGAAUUAAUAAAAUAUCGAAUAAAACUGAAAAUGAUUAGAAAACUAAAAUGGAAUAAAUACUUUCUUAAAGAGUUAAUGGUAUAAUAAGGGCAAGAGUGUGAGAAAGUUAAAUGGUAGUUAUAAAUAAGCACAUUAUAAUUGUUAUGUCUGCACAAAUUAAAAUUCUAUACAAUUUAAAUGUGAGACUUUCUGAUUUUCCUCUUAUUUAUGAAAAUUAGAUAGCCUGUUAAUGAAAUGUUUUAUAGUUUCCAAACUCCAAAACCUAAAGGUCUAUUAAUAGUUUGCAAUAUCAUAUUUGUAUGUUACGUUAUCACACAAAUAGACUAAUAAAAUAAUACAAAUUAUGUAAAAUCUGCUCAGUUGUUAAAAAAUAUUUAUUGUAAUAUAUAAUUAUUGUUAAAUGUGAUUGCAACAUUGGAAAAAUAAACAAUAAACAUCCAAAUUAAACAAGUGAUUUAAUUUUUCCCUAUAAAUAUUUUAUAUCUAAUAAUACAGUGAACAAUAUUGCACAUGCUUAGAAUUAUAGCAGGGAGCAUCUUCAAAAUGGGAGAAUAAUAAUACUAGAACUCCAAAACUAGUAAUUCAUAUACUCAAUUUUAUUUGAAGUAUAUUAUUAAGAGGUAAUCUUCGUUUAAAGCCAAAGUUUUGAAAAUGCUGCAUUAUUUUCUAACCGAAAUAAGUACAAAUAAAAAGAAAAAGAAAGGAACAAUAAAAAUACGGAAGUUAAGAAAAC